AUGCUUCCAGUUGAGCGCCUCAAACAAGCAGCCAACAACGCUCUAUCCAACAAAGCUAUAUUUACCGAAGGAUUUGCCUAUGGCCCGGAUGAAGGGCAUUUUCCUCUAAGAAAAAAUAUAGCCGAGUGGCUAUCCCGAUCCUAUGCACCUGUGCAGCCCAUCAGCGCAGAGCGAAUAUGUAUUACUGGAGGUGCCAGCCAGAAUCUGGCAUGUGUAUUACAGGUAUUCACGGACCCAGCGCAGACAGAGAUUACAUGGUUUGUGGAGCCAACCUAUCAUCUCGUCUUCCGGGUAUUUGAGGAUGCUGGGUUCAGUGGUCGGAUGCGAGGGAUACCCGAGGACGGGGAGGGGAUGGAUGUUGCUGCACUUGAACUUGCUUUGGGUGACUUUGAGCAAAAUAGAAAUUCGGGCCGUCAAGAGGGCCAGGAGAAGACAUACAAGCCCCACAGGCCGUAUAGAAAGAUAUAUAAGCAUGUCAUCUAUUGUGUCCCAAGCUUCUCUAAUCCAUCGGGGACGACAAUGUCUUACUCGCGGCGCGAGGCACUUAUCAGAGUGGCGCGGAGGUACAAUGCUCUUGUCGUCGCUGAUGAUGUGUAUGAUUUUUUCAGUUGGGGCGCAACACACCCCACCAACACGGUUUCGCAUCUUCAGCCGCGUCUCGUGGAUAUAGAUCGGGUGGUUGAUGGUGGUCCAGAAGAUCGAUUCGGCAAUGUCGUGAGCAAUGGGUCAUUCAGUAAGCUUAUUGGUCCUGGAUGUCGGGUUGGAUGGGCUGAAGGGACGAAAGACUUCAUCUAUGGUCUCUCUCAAGCUGGUUCUACACGCUCUGGUGGUGCUCCUUCGCAACUUACGUCAACUUUCAUCAAUGAGCUACUUGAGGAUAACUUCUUGCCUGAAUAUAUUGCCAAUAUCCUAGUCCCAGAGGGACGACGAAGACAUUGUCUUCUGGCAUCGGCAAUCAAAACACAUCUCGGUCGUUUUGGUGUGUCAUUUACUCCUGAUCCCGAUACUAGUCUAGUCGCAGGGGGAUACUACAUCUGGGUUCAGCUCCCGCCCGCAUUGACCGCGACCCAGGUGUGCCAGCAGGCCCUGGAGAUGCAAAAUUUGGUACUGGGUGGUGGUGAGACAUUUGCAAUUCCAGGGAAUGCUCCAGAGGGAGACUUGCAUCGCAGACUCAGACUUUGUUUCAUGUGGGAGGAUGAAGGGCGGCUAGUUGAGGGGGUGGGAAGGCUAGGGCUUGUCAUUCAGAAUAUACUUACAAACAACAAAUAG